AUGUCCAGAAAACACUUCUUCCCCAAUCCUGAAGGCGUGGUGGUCCACAUGCUCAACUCGCUUGUCAAGCGCAACUCCUUCAUGGGUCUUGACGUAGCAAACCGCGUCGUCUACAAUACCUCACACCCACCGGACCAAGUGACCAUCAUCUCCGGCGGUGGUUCGGGCCACGAGCCCGCAUGGUCUGGUUUCGUGGGCGACGGCAUGCUUUCAGCGGCUGUUUGUGGUGAUAUCUUUGCAUCACCAAGCACAAAGCAGAUCAUGGCAGGAAUCAGGAACGUGCCUUCAAAGGAGGGUGUCAUUCUAUGUAUCACGAACUACACAGGUGAUAUGCUGCACUUUGGUCUUGCAAGGGAAAAGGGGAAAGCUCUAGGGUAUGAAGUCGAUGUUAUUUGCAUGGCUGAAGACGCAGCCCUAGGUCGAGAAAAAAGUGAAACGGUUGGGAGAAGAGGAUUGGCAGGCAAUUUGCUCGUUAUCAAGUUGUCCGGAGCAGCCAGCCAGAAAGGGUGGGCUUUCGAGCGAGUGCGCAGAAUUGGUGAGUUGGGUAACUCGCAACUGGUGACUAUUGGUACCAGUUUAGAUCACUGUCAUGUACCUGGCCGAGAAGCGUUCGAGUCAGUGCCAGAUGAUGCCUGUGUAGUCGGUAUGGGAAUUCAUAACGAGCCAGGCCUCCGAACGAUUUCCCCCAUGCCAGCGCCGGAAGAUAUUGUCAAAGAAAUGCUGAAGUAUCUUCUCGAUCCCAAAGACAGCGACCGCGCCUUUGUACCCUUCUCACCGUCCGACUCUAUUGUCAUGCUUGUCAACAACUUUGGUGGGCUUUCAAACCUGGAGUUUGACGCCAUGGUUAACAUCGCUCUACAAGUCCUCGAAUCAGACUAUAACCUCAAGCCCGUGCGCAUUUACGCAGGCGUCCUCGAAACGUCUCUCAACGGGCAAGGUUUCUCCAUCACCCUAGGAAAUAUGUCCGGAAUGGCAAAAGGCAUGGAAUUAACAGAUGGGGAAGUCAUCGAACUCCUCGAUGCACCCACAAAUGCCCCUGCAUGGCCAAAGAAUGGCUACCGUCCCACAAACUUCAGCAGAGAAACAGAAGAGUUGCGGAACAAGGCCAAUGCUGCAUACAAAGAUCAAUCUGGCCGCGCAAAGGGACCCGCUACACCAUCCUCUCUGAUUCCAGCACUCAGGAAAGCAUGCAAUGACGCCCUUGCCGCUGAGCCUCAGAUCACACGAUACGAUCUACAAAUGGGCGACGGAGACUGUGGUGAGGCCGUAGCCGGUGCUUGCAAGAACAUCCUCACCAAUCUUGAUUCAGUCGAAAAGGAUCCACCAGGCGUCCUCGCACUUCUUGAGAGUGUAGGAGACAAUGUCGAAGAUGUUGGCGGAUCCCUCGGCGCUAUCUUGUCCAUUCUCGUCACAGCCUUCACCAAUGCGCUCUCUGCCGCAAUACUCAAUUCGAAUGUCCCACUCUCCAUCGACACAGUCUCUGAAGCGGCGGCGCUAGCACUCAAGAAUCUCAAAAACUACACUUCUGCCCGGGAAGGAGAUAGAACAGUCAUGGACGUCCUCAUUCCUUUUAUCAACACACUGGUCCAGACGAAAGAUCUGAAUAGGAGCGUACAGGUGGCCCAGCAAAAGGCCCAGGAUACCGCGGAGAUGAAAGCAAAAUUUGGACGCGCGACGUACGUAGGUGAUGGCAUGGGUGAAGAUAGAAGUAAGAUCCCAGACCCAGGAGCGUACGCGGCCGGUAUCUGGUUGAAUGGUCUGGAGGAAGGGUUCAAAGCACAGUACGGCCUGUCGUAG